GAUGGAUCAUAUGUUCACUUUCUAGAAGGUCUUUUUCCUCAGCACCCCCUUUUUUUUGAAACCCACUCCAGUCUGCUCCAAAAUUCCCUAAAUCCUCUCCCCUCUCAAACCCGCCGUCCGGACGUUCAGAGCGUCGGCGGCGGCGGCGGCGGCGGCGGCGGCGAAGAUGGUGAAGGCGAUCCGAGUCCACGAGCUCGGCGGCCCCGAGGUGAUGAAAUGGGAGGAUGUGGAGAUUGGGGAACCCAAGGAGGGGGAGAUCCGGGUGAAGAACAAAGCGAUUGGCGUCAACUUCAUCGAUGUGUAUUUUCGCAAAGGAGUAUACAAAGCAGAGAUGCCUUUCACUCCCGGAAUGGAAGCUGUGGGAGUGGUAACUGCCGUAGGCCCUGGGCUUACUGGAAGAAAAGUAGGGGAUAUUGUUGCUUAUGCUGGCAAUCCAAUGGGUUCUUAUGCUGAAGAGCAAAUUCUUCCAGCAAGUGUUGCAGUUCCUGUUCCGCCUUCAGUUGAUCAUAAAGUAGCAGCAUCUGUUAUGCUGAAGGGCAUGACUGCUUAUGUUCUACUUCGACAAUGCUUCAAGGUGAAAGCAGGGCACACUGUUCUUGUUCAUGCUGCGGCUGGUGGUGUUGGUUCUCUACUUUGUCAAUGGGCAAAGGCCCUAGGUGCCACAGUCAUUGGAACUGUUUCAAGUGAAGAGAAAGCAGCUCAAGCAGCUGACGAUGGAUGCCACCAUAUCAUAAUUUACACAAAGGAGGACUUUGUAGCCAAGGUCAAUGAGAUUACAUCUGGCAAAGGAGUUAAUGUUGUCUAUGAUUCUGUUGGAAGAGAUACAUUCCAGGGAUCCUUGGCAUGCUUAAUGUCCCGUGGAUACAUGGUCAGCUUUGGGCAGUCAUCAGGAAGACCAGAUCCAAUUCCACUAAGCGACCUUGUUCCAAAAUCUUUGUUCCUCACCAGGCCUAGUCUCUUGCAUUACACUGCUACCCGCGAAGAGCUUCUGGAAGCUGCUGGGGAGGUCUUUGCUAAUGUUGCAUCUGGUGUGCUGCGGGUUCGCAUCAACCACACCUGCCCAUUGUCUGAUGCAGCACGUGUCCAUGCUGAUCUUGAAGCAAGGAAAACUUCUGGUUCCAUAGUGCUGAUGCCUGAUAGCUAGAUGAAGUGUGACUUCUGUGUGUAUUAAAUUGUUGGUGAAUAAUUCCGAGAAAAAUAUGAAUCAUAUGGAUAUUAUAUAUAUAUAUAUAUUACUAUAAAUGCUGCUUCUGUCUUUCAUAAACAUGUAAUAAAAUCAUGGUCUAGAAUUUGUCAAUAACAAGUGUUUGAUGUUUUUUAUUU